AUGCAGUCUUAUCUGCAGUACCGCCGGCUUGGAAAAGUUGUGCAGAAGCAACUUGGAGGCGAUACCGAGAAUGGUAAUUCUUCUCGAGAUGAAGAGCGGACAAUUUGCGAGAAAGAGGAAGAAGACCCUACCGAGACGCCUCAGCCGCAUGCAGAGUCCAAUCCCAGUCCACUGGCGCAAAGUCGAUCGCAUAGGUCGGCGAACACUUCUCUCGCCUACAAUAUUCCUGGUGUCAAUGCUGGGAUGGUCCGAAUGAUCCUGAGAAUCCAAAAAAACUACCCGUUUUGGAGGCGUGUUAGGGCAACUGUGCUCGUGGCUUGUCUUGCUUGGGUGGUCACUGCCUCUUCGUCUAUUAAUUCCGCCGUUCAACCUCAAGCUAUGGCUGAAUAUGGCGUUAGUGAAGUCGUCGGGUCUCUCUUGACAGCGAUGUUCCUUCUCGGAUUCGCCACCGGCUCACUUGUAUCAGGACCCCUAUCGGAGAUCCUGGGACGCAACAUGGUGUAUAUUAGCUCAAUGGUCUUGUUUGCCCUCUUUACGAUGGCCACAGGCCUUGGUCCCAAUAUUGGAUCGCAAAUUAUCCUUCGCUUCUUAGCAGGGUUCUUCGGCUGCCCGCCUCUCACCUGCGCAGGGGGCACGAUCGCCGAUCUAUGGAAUCCCCUCGAGAAGACAAUCUUCUUCCCCGUAUACGCCAUCCUGUCGUUCGGUGGUCCCAUUCUCUCCCCCGUCAUCGCCUCCUAUAUGGGCCAAACCGGCGUCCUCUCAUGGCGCUGGUCGAACUGGAUCAUCCUGAUCAUGUCCGGCCUUGUACUCGUCUUAAUCCUCUUAUUCCAACCGGAAACCUACGGCCCGCUACUCCUCAAGUGGAAGGGCAGGCAACUCCGCCGCCAAACAGGCGACUCCCGAUUCCGCUCUCCAAUGGAUCUCCAAAAGAUCGCGCUCUUCAGCCGCAUCGGCAGCGCCAUGAAGCGCCAGAUCGUAAUCACCAUCCACGAGCCUAUCAUCCUCCUGAUCUCCCUCUAUAUGACCGUCCUGUACAUCGUGCUCUUCACCUUCUUCGACGGCUACCCCUACAUCUUCCAAGAUACCUACGGCAUCUCCCAAGGCCUGACCAACAUCAUCUGGCUAGCAAUGUACAUCGGCAUCGGCAUGGCCGCCUUUCUCGUCUUCCCGAUCUACAAACACACGAAAACCAAAUUCACCGCCGUCGCCGUCGCCGCCAACCGCCCCGAUCCCACCGCCGACCCCCACGCCCUCGAUGGCCUUCACACGCCUCCCGAAAUCAGGCUCUGGUUUGCGAUGGUCGGUGCGGCUUUAAUCCCAAUUUCUCUCUUCUGGAUGGGCUGGACUGACUACGCGAGCGUCUCGAUCUGGUCGCCGAUCGUUGCAUCAGGCUUCUUCGGCCUCGGCACGAUCUGCAUCUUCCUCAGCUCGUACAUGUACGUGAUUGACUCGUAUGAUAUGUACGCGGCCUCGGCGCUGGGCUUUAUGACCGUCUCGCGAUAUAUGGCUGCAGGCGGCAUGACAGUUGUCGGCGUCCCGUUCUAUCAUAAUAUGGGCGUUCAUUGGACACUCACUAUCAUGGGUGCAAUCAGUACACUUAUGGUGCCUAUACCAUUUAUCUUCUAUUGGUAUGGGCCCACGAUUCGCAGCUGGAGUAAGUAUGCUGUUACGGAGGUCGCUUGA